AUGUCCUACCAAGCUGCCAAACGCCGUCGAAUCGACCAAGCUACGUCUACACUCUUCAAACCUUUUAAAUCACCUCUCCGCAAACAACUUGAAAGCACAUCCACAGACAAUAGCGGAAAGAAAGACACGGAGUCAGAUCCGAAAGCUGCAACUGAUGCUCCCAAUUCUCCCGAUACAUCCGACAAGCUCUCUUCCCGUACCCAAUCCGAAGUUAUAAAGAAACCUACCACAAUCCCACCAGCUCCGCCGCCAACAGCGUCACCAUCAUCACCAAGUGUGCCAUUAGAGCUCAUCACCCUCCAAAGGAAACACUCUGCCCUGACAAGUCGUCUUAUAACCCUGCGCGCAGAACUCGAUUCAGUCAACCAAGCGCUGAAAGUUGAACAGUCAGGACAAGACGCGGAGCUUGAAGUGCUGAUUGCCAAGUGGAAAGCAGCGAGCCGAGAGGCGGCGGAAGAGUUGUUUGUCAGUGCUGAGAAGAGGGUGGAGAGGAUGGGCGGCGUUAAAGGGUGGAAGGAGAGGAUGAGGCAGGCACAGGAGAAGAGGGCGAGAUGGGAUGAGGAUGUUCGUGCUGUUGGAGAUAGGGAGGAUUUGGAGAGUGAAUGGGAUGAGGAGGUGGAAAGGAAAAAGGCGGAAAUGGAAACGGAUAGUGAAAAUGUAGGUGGUGGGAAUAAUGAAUUAGAGGACGAGGAUGAGAGCUUUACGAUGGAUAUGAUGCUCAAAAGUUUGAAUGUUGAGCUGGAUAUCAUCGGGUUCGACAAAGACACCCAGCAAUGGACCUGA